AUAAACUUUGACUUGAAUUCCAAGGAAGCAAUGCUUAAUUAAGAAAUAUAGCUAAUCAGUUAAGCUAGGCUGAAAAUUGGUGCUUUUGCAAUGGCAAUGGCUUUUUCUGUGCGGAUGCUUUUGUUCUCCUCAUUGUUUUUGCUUCCAAUUUCUGUGUUUUCCCAAAAUAAUGGAAGAGUAGCAGUUGGAAAUUCUUUAACUGCAACUACAAGUAACUCCUCAUCAUGGCUUUCUCCAUCCGGUGAUUUCGCGUUUGGAUUUUUGCCCCUUGGAGGCGAUGAUCUUUUCUUGCUUUCAAUAUGGUACGCCAAAAUCCAAAACCAAACCGUAGUUUGGCAUGCAUAUGAGGAUAACAACCCCAUAGUUGCACCUAAGGGAUCCACUUUGAACAUGAAUGCCAGCAGUGGACUAGUUCUUAACGAUCCUCACGGUAUGGAGAUAUGGAAAUCUGAAACAACUUUCGGGGUUGUUGCAAACGGGGUCAUGAAUGACACCGGAAACUUUGUUCUUCAAGACAAAAACUCGGGGAGCUUAUGGGAGACCUUCAACAAUCCUACAGACACCAUUUUGCCUGGACAGACAAUUGAGAGAAAUGGGAAGCUUUCGUCUAGACAAUCGGAGAGUAACUACACGAAGGGGCGGUUCCAGCUGCGCUUGCAAGAUGAUGGAAAUCUCGUGCUCAACACCAUAAACUUGCCAACAGAUUUUGCCAACGAGCCUUACUUUGCCACGGACACAACAGCGGGGACUCUGGAAGGUAAACAAUUGGUGUUCAACAACUCAGGGGACAUGUUUGUUUUGAGAGAAAAUGGUGGAACAUUCAUUCUCACAUCGGCAGGAGUCUCCUGGGUGAGGGACAGCUACAUAAGGGCAACCCUUGAUUUUGAUGGGAUUUUCAUGCUAUACUCUUACCCGAAAAAUUUCAUUGGAAUCGCAAGCUGGAGUCCCCUGUGGUAUCAGCCGAAUGAUAUUUGCCAAGCACUUAUGGAAGACACGGGCGUUGGUGUUUGUGGAUACAACAGUGUCUGUAAGAUGAAUCAAGAUCAUAGGCCAACCUGCGAAUGCCCGAGAGGGUUUUCUUUUCUUGAUCCCAAGGACUUAUACCGAGGCUGUAAACCCGAUUUUAUACAAGGCUGUGAAGCAGAUGAGGUACAAAGUCCCAGAAAAGAUUUGUAUGAUGUCGAAAUGCAGACAAAUACUGAUUGGCCAACCUCAGAUUAUAUGCGGCUAAAACCUUUUACCGCGGAGAAGUGCAAAGAGUCUUGCUUUCAAGAUUGUUUGUGCGCUGUUGCUGUUUUCAGGUCUGAAACCUGCUGGAAAAAGAAGUUACCUCUCUCAAACGGGAGAGUGCAGUUCAAUCUUAGUUCACAGACCUUCAUCAAAGUCCGAAAGGAUAAUGUAACUCUGCAGUUUCCUCCAAUGCCAAUUCCUCCUCCAAUGCCAAUUCCAGAUGAUAAAGAGAAGAGCAAGAUCACUGUUAUACGUGUGGGAUCAGCACUAUUAGGGACCUCCAUAUUUGUUAAUGUUGCUGCUCUCUGUCUCGGUUUUUUCUUCAUAUUCCGGAAGAAACCAGUAAGAUCUAGUACCGAUAUUGUUUUGGACUCGAAUUUGCGCUCUUUUAGCUAUGAAGAGCUACAAGAAGCUACAAAUGGAUUUACGGAAGAAUUAGGAAAGGGUGCUUUUGGAGUGGUUUUCAAAGGGGCGAUGCAAAUUGGUUCUGGUGUCGAAGUGGCGGUGAAGAAGCUACGCUAUGUUAUGCAAGAUGUCGAGAAGGAGUUUAAAACAGAACUGAAUGUAAUUGGUAAGACGCAUCAUAAGAAUCUGGUUCGUCUUUUUGGAUAUUGUGAUGAGGGGCAACAGAAAUUGCUAGUUUAUGAGUUCUUGAGCAAUGGCACACUGGCAAGCUUUCUUUUUUCUGAUAUCAAACCAAGUUGGAAACAGCGAAUUGAAAUCGCUUAUGGCAUUGCGAAAGGGCUUUUGUACUUGCAUGAAGAGUGCAGCACGCAGAUUAUCCAUUGUGACAUAAAGCCACAGAACAUACUUCUCGAUGAUUAUUACACUCCUCGGAUUUCUGAUUUUGGAUUGGCAAAACUUUUGAUGAUGAAUCAGAGCCAGACUCAUACUGCUAUCCGAGGAACAAAAGGUUAUGUUGCACCUGAGUGGUUCAGGAACUUGCCAAUCACUACCAAAGUUGAUGUGUACAGCUUUGGUGUUGUGCUGCUGGAGAUUAUUUGUUGUAGGAGAAAUGUUGACGUGGAAGGUAACUUGGAAGAGAGAGCAAUUUUAACGGAUUGGGUUUAUGAUUGCUACGUUGAAGGAGUAUUAGAUGCUGUUGUAGAUCAUGAAGUUGAGGCAUUGGGUGAUCGAGCGACACUGGAAAAGUUUGUGAUGGUUGGGAUUUGGUGCAUUCAGGAAGAUCCUUCUCUUAGGCCUACUAUGAGGAGGGUUGUGCAGAUGUUUGAAGCAGUUGUCGAAGUGCAUGUUCCACCAUGUCCAUCUCCAUAUACCAGAGCAGGCUGAAGCCGCCAUUAGUUGUAUCGCAGCCAAGGUAUAAUUUAUUGUCACAGUAGUAGCUAGCUUGUUUCCUGUUUGUCAAACUAUCUUUAGUUUACCGACUUGUAGUUUUGUAGUGUGAUGAUUUAGAUCAGAACCGUUGAAAGAAUGCUUUAUGUAUGUAACUCUUGUUUAUGAUCUUUUAUGAAUGAUAAAGUGAUUCUUAUAUCUACA